AUGACGGAGUGGACCCUGCUCAAACGGCUCCUCGACGCUGUCCACCAACACUCAACCAUGAUUGGACGCCUCUGGCUCACAGUCAUGGUCAUCUUUCGACUGUUAAUUGUCGCCGUAGCAACCGAGGAUGUGUACGCGGACGAACAAGAGAUGUUUGUUUGCAACACGCUGCAACCGGGCUGCUCCACAGUGUGCUAUGAUACCUUCGCCCCCAUCUCACAGCCCCGCUUCUGGGUCUUCCACAUCAUCAGUGUCUCUACACCCUCCCUGUGCUUCAUCAUCUACACCUGGCACAACCUCUCCAAGAUGCCCCAAAACCCCAGCCAGAGGCAUGGGCGAGGGCAUACUGGGGCUAUGCCAGGAGAGACAGGUCUCAAUGAGGGACGAGAUGGAGGGCAAGAGGCCUACAACCGAAGCUGCGACUCAGACAGCUGCUCUAUCCGCUCCCACAAACACCUUGGCCAUAGCUUGGUGGACGUGCUAGAGGGCAUCACCAACCAGAGCCUCCAAAAGGGAGACACCAGUCACUCUGAGUGCCUAACACAAGCCCGACCCACAAACUACAGAGAAGGGAACGGAGAGGCACAUGGGGUCUUUGGGGGGGUUUUGUCAAAGUGCUAUGUGUUUCAUGUGUGCUUGCGGACCAUUCUGGAGGUAGGCUUUGUUGUGGCGCAGUGGAUGCUGUUUGGAUUUGAGGUGCCAGUACAUUUCCUGUGCUCCUCCACACCCUGCACCCAGCUGGUAGACUGCUAUGUCUCUAGACCCACGGAAAAGACCAUCUUCCUAUUGUUCAUGUUCUGCGUCGGGGUCUUCUGCAUCCUGCUCAACCUGUUGGAGCUCAAUCACUUGGGGUGGAAGAAGAUCCAAAAGGCCGUCAGGCUGAAGGACAGUGGAUCCUGGCGAGCUUGUCCAACUACGAGAGAGGGAUAUGAGUCUUUCCAUACAGGCAGCCCGUCUCUCUCCUCCUCCCCAGGAUUCAGGGCCAUAACGAGCACCACUUCCCUGCCCACGCUGGAUCUGGUGGUGGGCCACCAGCCAGACUGGACCUGCACUGGGAACUGCACCUUACUCAAGGAGCCUGAGGGAGGUACAGAGGCAGGGCUGCCCAAGAGACAGGAGUCCCAUAGAGGAGACAGACAGCCUCUAAAGGGGAAGAAGGAGAGCAGGAUUUCCCAGCAAAGGAGUGCUGAGGUUUGGAUAUGA